AUGCCCUGCGGCGCGCCGGACGCUAGGCGGUCAGGCCAUGCUUCGUGCGCUGAGCGCCCUGGGCGCGCGGCCCAUGGGCCGGCCCCCAGCCCCGUUUCUGCUCCCCGUGCGCUGCCGCAAGACCCGCCACGACCCGCCGGCCAAGUCUAAGGUCGGGCGCGUGGCGACCCCACCCGCUGUGGAUCCUGCGGAAUUCUUCGUGCUGACGGAGCGUUACCGGCAGUACCGCCAGACGGUGCGCGCCCUCAGGCUGGAGUUCGUGUCCGAGGUGCGCAAGAAGGUGCACGAGGCCCGGGCCGGGGUCUUGGCAGAGCGCAAGGCACUGGAGGACGCCGCUGAGCACCGCGAGCUGAUGGCCUGGAACCAGGCGGAGAACCAGCGACUGCGCGAGCUGCGGAUGGCCAGGCUGCGGCAGGAGGCGCGGGAGCAGGAGCGGCGGCAGGCGGAGGAGGAGGCCCGGCAGGCCCGAGAGGCGCAGGCUUGGGCGCAGCUCAAGGAGCGUGAAGUGCUGCAGCUGCAGGAGGAAGCAAAAAACUUCAUCACCCGAGAGAACCUGGAGGCGCGGGUGGAAGAAGCCUUGGACUCCCCCAAGAGUUACAAUUGGGCCAUCACCAGAGAGGGGCUGGUGGUCAGGCCACAGCACAAGGGCUCCUGAGGGCCCAGUAAGGACAGUGUCCACCCAGGGACCGUGGGGGUAGGGGGGUUGGGCCUGAUCUGGAAUAAAGCAGUUGUUUCUCAUGAAGAAGGAGGCUCUACCUAUUCCAGUGCAGCCUUCACUUUGGGCCUCAGCACCCACCACUUGGUCAGAAACUCCACACACACAGUGCCCUGUUCUGCACCCAUGUACAACUCUUAGCAAAGCACCAGACCUUAGAAGUUUCCAUCUCACAGAGGAGCAUAGUCCCCUCGGCAGCCAGGUCAUCUCCUGAGUAUCCUCAAGGUCCAGUGGUUGGCAUAUUGCAGUCCUUGGGCCAAAUCUGGCCUAUUGCUUCUUUUUGUAAAUAAAGUGUAUUGGAACACA